AGUUUGGUCUCUCUCCACUUUACUCCCUCUCUCUCUUUCUCUGUCCACGUUCCUCGCUUGACCAGCUCCUGUUCCUAAACCACUAGCCCUCAUCUACUGCACUGCCACUUUUUGUUUCUGGUACCGUAAGACCCUACUCACAGACGCCAAGAUGGAAGCCGUCAAGAAGAAGAUGAUGAUGCUCAAGCUGGAUAAGGAGAAUGCUCUGGACCAGGCCGAACAAGCAGAGACCGACAGGAAAGCAGCAGAGGACAGAAGCAAACAGCAUGAGGAUGAGCUGAUUCAGAUGCAGAAGAAACUGAAGGGCACUGAAGAUGAGCUGGAUAAAUACUCAGAGGCCCUGAAGGAUGCCCAGGAGAAACUGGAGAUAUCUGAGAAGAAAGCUGCAGAUGCUGAGGCAGAGGUGGCCUCUCUGAACAGGCGUAUCCAGCUCGUUGAGGAAGAGUUGGAUCGUGCUCAGGAGAGACUGGCCACAGCUCUGCAGAAGCUGGAGGAAGCCGAGAAGGCCGCAGAUGAGAGCGAGAGAGGGAUGAAGGUGAUUGAGAACAGGGCUCUGAAGGAUGAGGAGAAGAUGGAGCUCCAGGAGAUCCAACUCAAGGAGGCCAAGCACAUUGCUGAGGAGGCCGACCGCAAAUAUGAGGAGGUGGCACGUAAGCUGGUGAUUGUUGAGGGAGAGUUGGAGCGUACAGAGGAGAGAGCAGAGCUUGCUGAGAGCCAUGUCAAGCAGAUGGAGGAGGAGCUGAGAGCUCUUGACCAGACACUGAAGUCUCUGCAUGCCUCAGAUGAGAAGUAUUCCCAGAAAGAAGACAAGUAUGAGGAAGAAAUCAAGAUCCUCACUGAUAAACUGAAGGAGGCUGAGACCCGUGCUGAGUUUGCCGAGAGGUCUGUGGCGAAACUGGAGAAAACCAUUGAUGAUUUGGAAGAGAAACUGAGAGAUGCUAAAGAGGAGAACAUCAAGAUCCAUACCACUCUGGACCAGACCCUGAGCGAGCUCAAUAGUUUCUAAGGAAGACCUGGAGCAGGAAAAAAGCCGCCUCUUCCCUUCCUUACACCCUCAUCUCAUUUGGUUUCUUUGUCUCUGCACAUCUGAUUCUUCUGUUUUUCUUUUUUUUUCUUCUGCUGGAGGACAGGCUCACCAAGCCAACUAGCAAAAAUGUGGUGCCUCUCGAUGUUUCAAAAGUACUUUAAUCUUUCUGGAGCACUUAUUAAGCUUCACUGCUCAUCUCCUCAGAAAAUCCCAAGUGAUUUCAGGAACAAUCUACUAUGGUAUUCCUAAAGUGUCAAAUUUUAUAUGCUAACCCUAGGGUAGCUUUUUGUUGUUUUGGUCCUUGACCAGAGCUUUACGAUUGUGGCAAGAUUUUUCCACAUAUCAGCCAAAACUCUCAAUAAUUAUUUUUCAUUUUACCGGAGGCUGAUUUAUGCAACAUUUUGUGCCAUAAAAGCCUUCUUGGCAGUCACACCUUGGCUUUAGAUCCAUUUUCCCCCUGUUGAUCAUGUGACACAGGAUGUUUUUUGCUGGUCUUGUUGGUGCCUGAUCCACUGCUCUCCUCUUACCUCUUCACACUCUUCGUCCUGCACAAGUUUCUGCUGACUGUUUGUCGGCGUCACAGAUUUUGGGACCAAAACCACAUCAUGUGGUCUGUAACAGUAUGCACAACCAUGCCGUGAGGACCUUUGUUUUGUUUUUUAUGAAAAAGCAUUUGCUUCCAUUUUGGAGUUUUGAGUAAUAUAUGCGUUCUUUGUUUGGGUUAAUCCCCCUGCAUUUUAACACAAAACUUUACUUUUUCAAACCACUAUUUGAUAUCCUGCACUGUUAUGGGCUUAUAGUGGACAUAUUUUGAGCAGAGUAGGCCAAGUCAUGGUUUCUUCAGGUUUUGUUUUUGUUUGUUUUAUUUGCUUUAAAGAACCAUAUUCUACCCAGGGAAGAAAGGUUGAAGAUUAAUUUUUUUUUUUUUACCGUGAGUUCAAAGCAGUGGCACUGCCAGAUUCAAAAGGUCCAAAAGCCGUGCCGAUCUAAAUAUGUAUUAUGAACACAGUAAAUGGGAGCGAAAUGUAACACUUAAUAGUAUAAAGAUUAAAAGGGGUGAACACAUGGUUUUAACUGGAAAAAGUCCACAAUGAUGUGUAAUCACUUUAUUGUCUGUAUCUUGUGUAACGAUACCUAAAUUCUUUUUUAAAUAAAGACCAUGAUUUUUACUGUCAC